AUGACGGAGCCUCCCGUCGUGUAUGCUGAUGACUGUGAGCUGCCGGCCUUCCGUCACGGUCCUGGCCUUAUCAAUGUCAAGUCUUGGGCUGCAGCCCCUCGGCACCGGCAGGUCUACGCGGUGGAUAGUAGUGGGGGUUUCUUCUGUGUGGAUCCCUCCAGGUUGGCCAAGGCUUUACAGCCCGGGCCUUCUGAUGAUGAUUUCCUCGAGCUCGACUCUCGAGUGCCAGCGGAGAUCCGUCUGCUGGAGGGAGGGCAUGUAGUGGCUUUGGCUGUCAACCCUCGGCAAACACGGUUAGCCGUAGCAGCGGACGGUGGGAGUCUCUCUAUCUUCAACCUCCCUCUCGUGGCGGGUGCAAAGCCGUCACCUGUGGACUUGAAGAUAGGCUCUGAAUUAGCCAGUAUGGCAUGGGUCGAUGAGGAUACUCUGUUGGUGGCGGCUUAUCAGACUGUAUUAUGCUGUAGGAUUGUAGGAGGGAAAGUCUCUGUAGUGGGUAAGGUGACUGAUCUUUUAUCGGCCACUGCUGCUUGUCCUAUUGGUCCUACUACUGUGGCUAUAGCUGACACUUUAGGGGAGCCUGAGAGGGUUCGUCUAUGGGAUACUAGGACCGAUUCGGUCUCGUCUGCGGUGAUCGAGGGGCUCAGUGAGGUCUUCAGUGGUGAUGAGAUGCUCUCCGACUCUCCUCCAUGGGUGGUUCAUUGCGUUUGUAGUCUCCGUGGAAGGCAGUUCGCAGCAGUAAUUGGUCCCGCUGCUGGUGCCCAAGGGAUAGGCUAUAGUGCAGUUGCUAUUGUGGAAGCUCAGGAUGAUGCGCGGCGCUUGGUGACAAAGACAGUGGUCAUGGACCCGUACUUUGUUGAGUCUGAAUGUGUCCCAGACCGACCGGCUGGGUGGACCUACUUCUUACCAUCUAGAGGUCUCCUUUUCUGUGGGCAUGCGUGCUCUGGUCAAGUAGCUGUACUCGAGGAGCCCCACGAUGGAGAGGACGAGUGGGCCUGUUGGGUAGGCCCUGAGGGGCGGCAGCUAGGAUGUGCCGUACAAGCUGAGACCAACCUCUGUCUAGGAGGCCCCCCAAUAGUUGUGGAAAUGGACAGGCCUGUAUCCCUUCCGGUGACGGAAGGGGCUGUGGACCACGUGGAGGUGUACCGUAUGGUCCUCUUACCGCAUUCGGACGGUGAGACUAGUAGUGUGCACUACAUGGAGGACAGACCCGGAGUGGGCAUACCAAAACUGGACGCCGAAGACCACGGCGAGGCUUCACUGCAUCUGGAGUUCGGCAAAGUCGAUGCAGAGGCUGGAUCAGAACCGACUCGGGACGGGGCAACUGGCGUUAAGGCUGAGACUACAGCAAACCACGACUCGGCCGCCGCGGCCAGUCCUGAGAAGGAGACGCGUUCGCCUUUUGGAGUGUUUGGUGAUGGUGGUAAGACCACCACUGGUUUUGGUGCCUUCUCUUCCCCGUCACCCUUUGGGGCCGGGUUUGGAUCCUCGAGUAGUGGAGGCUUCGGUGCUUUCGGCACACCUGCUUCCCCUAGUCCGUUCGGGACUGGCUCGGCCGUUGAAGGAGCUUCGACGUUCGGAGGGGCGCUCACGCCCAAUGCAGUACAGUCGGGUUCGUCUACAGGAUUUGGCGCAUUCAGCACUCCGGUUAAAACUACGGGUCCAUUCAGUGCUAAGGGCAGUGCUGAUAAAGCCGGCACGGGGAGCAUCUUCAAGGACAUCGCGAAGGCACCAGAUGUGAAUAUAUCGGACAGUAGUAGUGGGAAGGAGGAAGAGCAUGACAGGAAGAAGGGGAAGUCACCGCAGCGGACGCUGAGUGGAAGUGUAUCACCACGCAGGAAAAGUAGUGGCGGUGGCCUCAAGUUGGGCCUGUCCCCUAGGAAGGCCGAGAAGGCAGCGUCGAGCCAAGAGAAGGUCGAUCGUAGUGACGAUGAAGAUACCCAAGACGACUUUGCCGCGGAUUUGGCAGAGGCGUUAGGCGAUUUUAGUCUGGGGAAAGCUGAUGUUGGGGAUGCCAGAGGGGAGGAGAAGAUAGUGGAAAUUGCUACUAAGACAGGCGUUGUUGAAGAAGCGAAGGAUGAUGCAAUAACGACAGAGGAGGCUGGCCAACAUGAAGAUGCCUCAACACCCAAGCUUAGCAGUCCUACUCACAAAACAGAAGAGGAUACGCAUGAGGAUACUGAUGGUAGUAGUGGGGCGUGGGGUGCGGCGGUAUUUUUUGAGGAAGAGGAGAAGGCGGCGAUCAUACUGAUUUGA